UUGUUUCAAUUUUUUUUAGGGUUUUCAUUCGAAUUCGCGGUUUAUUCUAUUGUUGUUGAUCUCGUUUGAAUUCCAGAUUUUCAUAAACCAUCUUGAAUGCAAACGAUCUCUAAUAAACUUGAUGAUCUCAAUAGAACUUUAUGAAAUGCAGAUUCGUUUUGUUUUAAUGAAAAAGAAGCACCUCAAAUAUAUCUUGGUUGGAUCUAUUCUUUUCUCACUUAAAAAAGCCGGAAUUCGUUCUUUCUCUUUGAGUUUUAGGGUACAUCGAUUCAACUGUUAUCAUGGCUCUGUAUCUGUUUAUCGCUUUUGCCUUGACGAUUUACGACUCUUAUCACUUUUUUCGAUUUGUUGUUGUUGUUUGUCCGCAUUGAUUUAAUCUGUAAUCUUGGAAUAUACGCAGAUCUUUUUGUUUGUCGUGGUCGUUAGUAUUUAGUACAACUAAACUAAUGAUCACGUGUUAAAUAACAUUUAUUAUUUUUCGCAAAGUCGAACAACUGGUAACUUGCCAAAUUUCAUCACUGCAUUAUGUGCCGUUUUCCUUGUGUAUUUUACCACGUCAUUUUUUUAUGAGUUAGCUUGUUUGUUUACUGCAAGUGUUUUAUGACCCUUUUUUCUUUUAAAUAAUUAACUAACAUUUAGUGUUUUUUUUUUUCCUCAGUUGUUUCAGAAAUUAGUCAUUUGCUGAAAUGGCCAACAACCCCCAGUCUACAGGCAUGCAGCCUCGUUUAGUUGCUCAUGUGGGCCCACCUCCAAAUUCGCUUCUUCCCAUGCCGAUACAAUUUCGACCACUAGCUCCGCCACCACCACCGCCGUCAUUUAUUCCGAUGGGUCCUCAGCAGUUUCAGCCCAUCGGACAUUCAAUCCAGUACCCUCAAGCACCACCGCCGCUGCAGCCACCACCGCUUCAAAGACAUGUUCUGCCUCAAGGAACACCCAACAGUUUCAUGCCUGCUUUUGCUGGUCCCGGAAUUCCUCAUAUAUCAUUCAGCUCUGGUGGACAAACUCAAAAUAAUGUUGUCUCGACAGCUCAGCAUCUGCCAAUGUCACAGACAGAUGCCCCACCCAAUUUUUCUGCACCCUGGUUUUCUAGUGGGACCCACAAUACACAGUCGGGCUUACCUAUGCAACCAGCACUCGGGGUUUUUUCACAGAACAUAAAUCCUGUCACGCCUUUGCAGCAGAAUUCCGAGCAAAAUACAACAGGGAAAAAUACUCUGCUUGACCUAGCCGAACCGGCUUCAUCGUAUUGGAGAGAGCACACAUCUCGUGGUGGAAAAAAAUAUUACUACAACAAGAAGACAAGGGUUUCGACAUGGGACAAGCCUUUCGAAUUAAUGACACCGAUUGAGAGGGCCGAUGCAUCAACUGACUGGAGGGAAUUCACUACUCCCGAAGGGAGAAGGUUUUACUUUAACAACGCCACAAAAACAUCUAAAUGGGCUAUUCCAGAUGAAGUCCAGUUGGCUCGUGACAGAGUGAAUGCAAACCCUAGUGAAGGAACAUCAACAGAUGUAGUAAAUUCAUAUGCUGUUUCAUCAACUCCCGAAGUAAAUAAUUUAUCUUCAUUGGUGCAAGAAAAUGUAAUUGUGCCGAGCCCAGUUUCAGUCACACCUGCCGUUGAGCCGGACCUUCCAGAAGCUUCCGGAGCAUCCAGCACACAUGAGUUUGCUAAUUUAAAAUCGGAUUCAACUGGAUUACAAAGUCCACUCGAAAUUACGACUACGCCAAUGAGAAUUUCCGAUGCUUCGCCUCACGAAGCUGCUGUCGUGAAAAUUUCUACAGAAAAUGUAGAUGAAGAUAAUCGUAGUGCGGAAGUUUCCGGAAGUGGGGACAGUAAUUUGCCGGAAGAGCAGAAACUAGAUGAUGGACCUUUAGUAUACGAGACUAAAGAGGAGGCGAAGAAUGCUUUCAAAGCUCUACUGGAAGCAUCAAAUGUGGGGUCCGAUUGGAGCUGGGAUCAGGCUAUGAGACUGAUUAUAAAAGAUCGGAGAUACGGUGCACUAAGGACUCUGGGAGAGCGAAAACAAACUUUCAACGAGUGUGUGGGGCAGAAAAAGAAACAAGAAGCUGAAGAGAGACGGGCUAGACAGAAGAAAGCAAAAGAGGAUUUCAAAACAAUGUUACAAGAAUGUAAAGAUUUGACAUAUACGACAAGAUGGAGCAAAGCGAUAUCUAUGUUUGAAAAGGACGAACGCUUUCAAGCUAUCGAUCGAGUUAAAGAUCGUGAAGACCUCUUUGAUGACCAUUUAGAGGAGCUUAAGCAAAAGGAACGAGCAAAGGCUUUGGAGGAGAAGAAACUUCAUAAAGCUGAAUAUUUGGAGUUUCUAAAAUCUUGUGACUUUGUCAGGGCGAGUAGCCAGUGGCGAAGAGUUCAAGAUCGCUUGGAAGAUGAUGAGAGAUGCUUACGCCUCGAGAAGAUAGAUCGCCUUGAAAUCUUCCAAGAAUACAUACGCGAUUUAGAGAAGGAAGAAGAGGAGCUUAGAAAAUUGCGAAUGGAAGAACAGAGGAAAGCAGAGCGCAAAAAUCGAGACGAAUUCCGAAAGCUGAUGGAGGAGCAUGUUGCUACCGGCGCUCUUACUGCAAACACUCAUUGGCGAGAGUAUUGCAUGAAGGUUAAAGAUGCUCCUGCAUAUCUGGCUGUGUGUUCUAACACCACAGGCUCUACAGCAAAAGAUCUCUUUCAAGAUGUUGUCGAUGAUCUUGAAAAACAGUAUUCGGAGGAUAGAGAGCACAUAGAAGCAGCUAUGAAGGCUGAAAAGAUAUUCUUGUCAUCAUCUUGGACUAUUGAAGACUUCAAGGGUGCUCUUUCCAAAGAGCUUAAAUCAAAAUCGGUAUCAGAUAUAAACUUGAAGCUGGUAUUUGAUGAUUUAAUCAAAACUGAAAAGGAGAAAGAGGAAAAGGAAGCUAAGAAACUAAAGCGUCUAACUGAAGACGUUUAUAAGUUCCUUUUCGUUUCAAAGGACAUAUCACCAUCUUCCAAGUGGGAGGACUUCAAGUCACUUGUUGAAAAGAGGUUUACUGCUGAAGAGAGCUUUUUCUUGGAAAUAUUUAAUAAGGUGAUCAAUGAACUUAAAGAAAAGGCGAAAGAGAAGGAGCGCAGGCGAAAAGAACAAAAUGCUAAGGACAAGGAGAGAAGAGACAAGGAGAUGAGGAAAGAUAGAAGAAAUAGAGACAGAGGACCUGAAAGCAGAAAGGGCAAAGAGAGACGAAAAUCAGACGAUACAGAGAGCGAUCGGUCAGGUUCCCACGGUUUGGAAGAGAACCGAAGGUCAAAAGACAGGAGAAAUAAACAUCAAAAGCGGUCUUUUGACACUUCGAGUUUAGAUGACGAUGAGAAAGAUAGGGCCAGGUCUCGUAGAAGAAGUGUCGAAUCCAAAAGGUCAAAGCAGAUGGCUGAUGUGGAUUUGGACGAGGAGUCUCGGGGGAUUAAGGUGCAAAAAUGCAUGCACCAUUUUGGUAUAGCUGACAUUGGUUAG